AUGGGUUUCAUUGAUAUUAAAAAUGCUGUGAAAAAACUAGAAAAAUUGAAUGUCAAUUCGAAAGAGAACAAUAAUAAAGUCAAUGAAAAGAGAGAGCAAAAGACCUUCCAAACAGAACCAAAGAACGUAGAUUUUUCUACAACAGGGAUAUUUUCAAAACCAAUUACGGAUUCUGAACCUCCAGCUUUAUUUAAAAGGUCAAAGCACCAUCAAUCUCCGAAAGGCUGUAAAUUUGGAGAUAAAGAUGAGCCCAUUCAAACGAACAACUUUUACAAUAACUUGACAUUGGAAGAUCAGACAUUUCCUGUUUGGACGCUUCCAUACUCCUUAUGGCUCUCAAAAGAUCCCGGCCAAGAUUUCGGACUUGCCUUUAAUCAUACUGAAGCUUCUCAAAGAGUGUUUGGUCCUGACCCUAAUGCAGACCCUGCACAGUUUUACUUCAAUCCGCCAAAGAUUAAGUCAUUCGUCAUUUCUGGUGAACAAUUUCAGAAUGUCGCUUUAGAAUUGGAAAACCACAAUAAGCUUUCAGUUACCUCAAAGCUAGUUUUAGAAAGCGAUAAGUAUGUUACCGUUCCUCUUGUCCAUGGGAUGGGAUUUGUAACAGCUCUCUAUCAUAAUGUCAAACCUGUAAUUGCUUCACAGGUCGGAGUCCAAGGGUUCAAAAAGUCCUCAAAUAUUGGAUCAAUCAAGAAAUAUAUAGUAACCUUAUUCAAUCAAGUUACUUGGAGCAUUUACGUUGAUGGGAAUGUUGAACUUAGCUUGAAAGAUCCUAAUCACAUUGUAGGAGACAAGGUAGGUAAUGUCACUGUUCAAAUAUGUCGUGGAGAAUCCAAAGCUUACGAUGAAUCAGCAGGUUCAUACCCAGUUGCUGCACACCUAGAUGGUAAAGUUACCGGCGACAAGGGUACAUAUAGAUUCCUUUAUGAAAUGAAAGGUAGAUCGAAAUGCGGCAAGGGAAUCGUAUGGUGCCUUCCACAUCAUCAAGAGGCUUUAUUAAGCGAUGUAGCCACUCGGGAUACGCGAAUGUAUCUCGAUUCGCCUACAAAGGGGAUGAUGAAGGCUUAUCAGACCAAUGAGUUGGCUAUGGAAGAGACAUUGCCAGUCGAUAUUAACUGGGAACCUUGGUCAUCAUUUUCGAAAGCUUCCUCAUACUCAACUAAAGCGAAAGAUUUGAUAAGAUAUGCUGCUGAACAGGAAACGAAGCAAGAUGUCUUCACUAUGGCAAACAUUGAUUCCAUGUAUACCUCAGGGAAAAUUUUGGAUAAGUUUGCUUAUAUCGCUUACGUAUGUCAUUUCAUUUUAAAAGAUGAAAAUCUUACUUCAACGAUAGUUACUCAAGUUAAAAAGGCGAUCGAAAUAUUUGCAAAAAACGAGCAGAAGUUUCCGUUGCUUUAUGACACAAGCUGGAAGGGAAUUAUUUCUUCGGCGGAACCAGCUGCUGAUUUCGGUAAUGCAAACUACAAUGAUCACCACUUUCAUUAUGGCUACCAUAUUCAUGCAAUUUCACUUAUAGCUAAAAUUGAUGAAAAAUGGUUGAGUGCUAACAAUAAUUUGGUUUUCAAUUAUGCUAUUACUUUAUUAAGAGAUGUAGCAAGUCCUAAGGCGGAUAAAUAUUUCCCACAGUCAAGGUCAUUUGACUGGUUUCAUGGUCAUUCAUUCGCACAUGGAAUUUUCCCGUCUGGCGAUGGAAAAGAUGAGGAAUCUUCAUCUGAGGAUUACCAUUUUGCGUAUGGAAUGAAGCUCUUUGCUAAAGUUAUUGGGGAUUUGGAUAUGGAGGCUCGUGCUAAUCUUAUGCUUGCAAUAAUGAAAAGAUCCAUGAACAUGUAUAUGCUAUACUCUGAUGACAACAAAGUACAACCAAAGAACUUCAUUAAAAAUAAAGUUGCAGGGAUCAGCUUUGAAAACAAGAUUGAUUUUGCAACCUAUUUCGGAAGAGGAACAGUAGCGGAUGAGUGGAUCCAUGGUAUUCAUAUGCUUCCUAUUAGUCCUAUUUCAUCUUAUAUACGAGGAAAAGAAUUUGUGAAACAAGAAUGGGAUCAAAAGUUGGCUAAUAUCAUUGAUGCUAUUCCCGACGGAUGGAAAGGAAUUUUGAUUUUAAAUGCAGCACUAUUUGAUCCUAAAUAUGCUUGGAAAUGGUUUUCAAGAAAUGACUGGGACGACAGAUUGAUAGAUAAUGGUAUGUCAAGGACGUGGUCUCUUGCUUUCAUUGCUGGUAUUGGGGGAUCAACUUAG